GCCGCUCAUUGCUUACAAUGCGUGUGUCUGCAGAGCGAUAUCGGCUAAUUCUUGGCCUCUAUCUAAUCUCACUGGCCCGGUUUACUCGUGACUAUUUUUCCGUGACUCUUUUUCCGUUCAGGAUUUAAUCCGGCUGGCUGCACGGUCUCGCCUCCUCUUUUUUUUCCCUUCCCUUCCCUCUCUCUACUCCUUUUGCUAUCCACGCUCCCUGCCGCCCUUGCUCGCCAACAAGCCGGAAAAAAAUGUCUAGCGAAAGCACGAAUAUGGACACCGAGAAAAACGCCUCUCUCGACUCUUCUGUCGGAAGAGAAGAGGCUGCGAGUCCCGAAAAGACUGGACCCCGCACCGUCGACGAGCUCAACGCCAUGGCGGCCGAGAUGGGUAUCGACCAAAAGAAGCUGAUGUGGAAGAUUGACGUUCGCUUGGUUCCAAUGCUCUGCAUCCUCUAUCUUUGGGCCUUCUUGGACAGAGUCAAUAUCUCCAACGCAAAGCUCUUCUCCAUGACCACCGACUUGGACUUGACUGGAAACCGCUUCAAUACUGCGCUCACUGUCUUCUUUGUUCCGUAUGUCCUCGCCGAAGUCCCCGCCAAUCUGCUCAUGAAAAAGUUGAAGCCGCAUGUCUGGCUCUCCAUUUGCAUGUUUUUCUUCGGCCUCACCACUUGCCUCAUGGGUCUUUGCCAAAACUUUGGAAGCUUGAUCGUGUGCCGCCUUUUUCUUGGAUUCUUCGAGGCAGGCAUGUUCCCGGGAUGCUUCUACUUGCUCGCGAUGUGGUACGUUCGCGCAGAAGCUCAGAAGCGCUACUCUUUCUUCUUCUCCUCGACUACCUUGGCCGGUGCUUUUGGCGGUCUUUUGGCAUCCGCCAUCGGUCUCAUGGACGGUAAGCGAGGAUACCACGGAUGGCGCUGGAUUUUCAUUCUUGAGGGUAUUGCUACCUGCUUGAUCGCCGUCAUUCUUUACUUUUAUAUCGUCGACUUCCCCGAAGACGCGAAGUUCUUGACUCCCACUGAGCAGGAGUUUAUCAAAGCUAAGCUCGCCGUCGACGUCGGAGACUCUCAGCUUGGUCGCAAGACCACCAUUCAAGACAUCGGCAGGGUCUUCAAGGACUACAAAAUCUAUUUGGUUGGAUUCAUGUAUUUCGGUUUGAUUGUGCCUUCAUAUGGCUAUGCCUAUUUCGCCCCUACAAUCAUCAAAGAGUUUGGUUACGGAAAUAUCCAGACCCAGCUUCACUCUGUUCCCCCUUGGGUGGCUGCAUGCGGUCUAUGCAUGAUUUCUGCAGUUAUGUCAGAUUAUCUCAAGCAUCGCUACUUAUUCACCGUUGGGUUGACCUUGAUUGCCAUCGUUGGAUUCUCUAUGCUGUUAGGCGUUCAGGACAACGUUCAUGCAAAGUACGCAGCUCUUUUCUUGUGCGCUUCUGGUCUCUAUUCCGCCAUGCCUAUUGUUGUGUGCUGGUGUACAACAAAUUUUGCCGGCCAUGUGCGACGUGGCGUUGGCGCUGGCUUCCAAGUCGGUUUCGGAAAUAUCGGUGGCAUUAUUGCCACCUUCUCCUUCUUGGCUGCUGAUGCUCCGAAAUACGUGAAGGGUUACUCUAUUGGUAUUGGCUUUGCAGGUCUUUCCAUCAUUUCCUGCACCCUAUACUACUUAGCUAUCAGACGGGAGAACUCCCGAAGAGACCGUGGCCUUGAUUACGAUGAUUUCGAAAAACUCGGUAGAGAUGCUAAAAUUUUGGCCGGUGACAAUAGUCCAGAUUUCCGUUACGCGUAUUAAUUUCUGGAUUCAAAUCAUUUAAUUUUGCUUUUUUUUGUUUUAUGUGUGUGGAUGACUUCCUCAAAAGGCUCUGGCUGGGCCCAAAAGUUUGUAGGCUUGUGUAUUUGUAGCUAUAGUUCUUUCUAUCGAAAUAUUUUUCUUGUUUAAUUUUUAGCGGAUAAUUUGACGUCUAAUAUAACUACUUAUCAUUUUGGCAACAAGAGUCCG